GUGGUCGUUGGCAUGCAAGAAACGUCCUUGCAUUCUUACGUCCUUCCUAAGAUUAGAAAGUAGCUUUCUAAUCUUAAGAUUUAUCCGUAAGGUAGCGAAUUUUCUUUACAAUAACAAUAGUGAAUACAUUUUUAUUGUCUCUGCAAUAUUCUAACAACAAAAUAUGUCAAUAAUAAGUUGAAAUCUGUGUUCUGUUUUCUUGGGUGUGAGUGAUUCGUGUAUUUUUUCAGUUCUUGUGAUACUUUCACUAUGGUAUCUAGGCGUAGAAUACUGUCAAGAUCUAGGGAUGAUCUCCAUAUGGAUACGUUUCAACCCCCUGAAGACGAGGAGGAUGUUUGGUACCAAAAGGACAAGUUGUACAAGGACCAUAUACAAGAAGUACUGAACAAAUGGACACAAAUUGACGACGAAAUAUGGGCUAAAGUUAUUGUUCUUGAAAGGAAUAGAAGAGUGGCUAAGGCUUAUGCCAGAGCUCCUGUGCUCACUGUGAACGAUUCAAAUGAUGGAUUUGAUGGUUUUAGAAUAGGUCUUUGCGGUUUUGAAAACCCCAUGAGGGAUCAAAAAACAGAGGAAUACAAAAGACAUAUAGGACAUGGAGUCAAAAUUAAAAUGGAUGAUGCUGGAAAUAUUUUAAUCAAAAGAGUAUCCAAAUGCAACAUCUAUAUAAAAAACACAGCACUAGACAAUGAAAAUGCUAUAGGCAAUGACAUUUUAAAACUACCAAACUGUGCCUUGGAACCAGACAAACCUGUGAAACUCUUUGAUAUGAAGAAGUUCCAGUCCAAUGUAAAUAAAGAGUUGCGAAGAGCAUAUCCAGACCGUAGAAGGUUAGAGUGUCAAUGCCUUAGUGCAAUAGCAUUUGUUAAAGUAGAACCUGAAUUGCUUGAGUGUCCAAUUUGGGUGUUAAUUAUAAAUAUUGUCGCAUUAGAUAUGUUGAAAAGUAAGCUGCCACCAAUGCAGAGGAUGAUGGAUAUCAAAAAUCGACCGAAAAUACCUGUUCCAGAUGAAGAUCCUUACAGCAUUGCUGGGACUGAUAGUGGACUAGGCACCGUAGGCUACGCGGGCAGUAGCAUCGGAGGCCCGCCUUCUCACGUAUCUCUCCAGCAUCACAUGCAACAACGGCGAAGUGACAAGCCCCCCAAGUUACCACCACGGGAUCCGCAGUACCCCCAUGACAUUCCGCGACCCGACUAUGAUGACUAUCAACGAGGAGGGGGGCUCCCUGGACCCUUCAGGACGAUGAUGGGCAGUGUCAGGGAUGGAAGGGGAAGUGAGAAGUUUGAAGAGGAUCCGUAUUAUUGUGGGCUGAGAAGCAGGGUACCAAACUUCUCCCAACAACGCCGUGGCGACAAACCCCCCAAGUUACCCCCGCGAGAGCCUCAAUACCCUCACGACAUCCCCAAGCCCGACUACGACGAUUCUGGCUCCACGAUGCCCUCAAACAACUGGCUGAAACCGUUCGGAUCUUCUCGGGGCAAAGAGAAGGCGAAAAACGACAAGAAAUAUGAAGAUCCGUACUACUGUGGCUUACGCGCCAGAGUACCCAACUUUGUCGCUAAGUUAAAAAAGGAUUCUUCUGUCCAACAGCCGAAUUUGCAUCCGCAGAAGAGGUUCUCGAUGAGUCAGCAACAUUUGGCUACUUUCCAGAAGUGAAACUAUGUCACAUAGAGACAUUUUUAAAAGUAGGCCGUAAAUUUGACGUACAGAUCUUGGCCUGUAUUAAUUCCUAAUAAUGUCAUUAGGGCUCAAAUUUGUAGUAGAUUCUUGAGGGCUGAGUGUAGAUUGAAGGUUUUUAAACGAAUAGUUACUCAGCCUUGAGUUACCCUCUCGGAGAUUUAAUAUUUACACUUUACAGAUACUUAUAAAGAUAUUGAAUACAUUCGAAAUUUCAGCGUUCUCGAUUUUCCCGAUUUUCAAAAUUGAACCACUCAAGGCUGCGAUAUUAUUCGUUCAACAUCCAAGGAUUGAUCAACCCUCAAACGGCACUCAUUUCCUAGGGAUCGACUUUAAAUGUGGGCCUUAGUCGACUGGUUCAUUUAAAGGUACUUUCUUCAAAAGAAAAAUAAUAGGAACCAUAAGCUUUCGGUUAUCUUUAUUAUCCAGUAAAAUAUUAUUCACUUCAAAUGCAGUCAAUGUGUCCAUUCAUUCUGGAAUUCAAAGGAUCAUUGGCUAUGAGCUGGACUUUCGGCCUUGAAACUAACAGAUUUGUAGUUGAUCGUAUCUGCGAAAUUUUUGCAUCCAAAUAUUUUAGAAUCUCUUCUAACAUUGUUUUUCUUUUUUAGUACUUGAAUGUUUUUUAUAAGCUCAAAGUACGCAAUUAAGGCAUUGUUGUCCGAAAUUCACCCACUUGAAAUUUCAUAACCGACCACGUUAACUGCACUAACCAACACUUAAUUUAUUAUAAUUUUCGAAAAAAAUGCGAUGGAUGCUUUUUUGUUUGAUCACAGAUAUUACUCUAUAUGUUACAGUUGAUAUUGUAUAUCUAUUAUGCUUUUGACAAAAAUAUCCUUAAAAGAGAUACCCAAUUUUUUAAUUGUAUUUCAAUUAUUGGUUUGUCAUUCUAAUCAGGAAAUUACAAGGUCAUCAGUCAAGUCAAUGAUGAUGAUACUAUUCCUUACGAUGUGUAUGAAUCAAUGAAUAAUAUAUUGAUACCACUACUAUAGUAAUUAGGUAAUCUGUAUAUUAUGCAAACAUAGAAUUUGCUUUUUUUCCAAGGUGGUGAAAUCUUUUGGAAGUUCAGCUCUGACAAGUCAAGCGAGUCUGUGUUUUCAGAUAUGUUCCAAAUAGAUAGAGAGUUUUACCAAGAUUCCGAAAUGCUAAUCAGUGUUACCAGACAGCUACUCUUGAAUGUUCCCAAGACAAGUUCGAUUGUUAUCUCACUUUUAAAUCGCUGAAGUAUCCAGUAUACUAUUCUGGUUUGCGUGUUCAUUUCUAUAUAAAAGCAUAUGACUUAUACAUUUUUAUUUCUGAUGAUCUGAUUUUUAUACAAAAAAAAAUAAUUUUUGGCACAUAUGUACUUAAUACUGACUGACAUUGUUCAAUUCAAAUAUGAAGACAGCUAAAAUGAAUGCUUCUUUUCAAAUUUGUCUUGAAAUAAGGCAAGACUUUAAACAUAUUUCGAAAACGAGAUUUUUAUUUAAGACAAUGCAAUUGUUUGUCAAAGUUAUGUCAUCACUUGAAUGCAUUUAACAAAAAGUAUGUUGUUUUUCAAAGAAAAGUAUUUUUAUACAUGUACUUAAUAAUACUCUUAUUUCUCAAAAGAAGUAUGAAUGCUUAUUUUUUUAAGUGUCUUCAAAUAAAGCAAGACCUUAACCAUAUCACUAAAACAAGAGUUUUAUUUUCUGUUAAUGUCAUUACUUGAAUUUUUUGACAAAAAUAUGUUUUUAGAAAAAUAUACUCUUAUACGAUAGAUGCAAUUUACACAUCUCAAAAGUAAAAGACAUUUAUUUUCAACUCAUAGUUUUACCUUAUGAUAUUUUAUGUGUGUGAAAUGAAGCUCUUUGCUAUUUACUACACAUUCCAAUACUCAAAUUGUUGUAGAUAAGAAAUAGAUCUGUUGAAAACAUUUAUAUAUAUAUCCAAUAUCAUGACAACGACCUCAGUUUUAACAUUUUAAUCUCAAUCAUAAAGCUAAUAUUUGACUGUUUCUUAAUAUGAUUUGUACAUGCAUGGAUAUAGCUAGAUUAGUUAAUGUAAAUAAUGAAUAACAUCUACUAAUAAUGAUAGAUCAGUUACUAAUCCUAAAACGUUAACGAAAAAUAACAAUUUCUUAUACCUGUACUGUCUUUGUAAAUGUUUUGCAACAUUUUACAAAUCAUUUUAUUUAAAUUAAUACUGAUUUUAAAUCAGGAUCUAUCUAUAUACUAAUGUUAUGCAAAUAGGAAAAAUUCCAAACCUCUAUUUUCUAGAUGUUUCUGUACUUAAGAAUUUUAUUUACUGUAUCUCAUAUGUGAUUUAGCUCUAAGCAAAUGUUACAUUUAUAACAUUUAGCAAAU